AUCAGUUGCAUUUCAACCAAUCAAACAAUCAAAUCAACCCAAAAUGUUCACCAAACUGUUCUUCAUUGCCUCGCUGGCCAUCGCCUGCGCCAGUGCCAAGCCCGGACUGGUGGCCCCUGCCCUGGCCUACAGCGCCCCUCUGGUGGCGGGAGCUCCUGCCCUGGCGGCCUACACCGCCGGAUACGCCGGACUGGCCCACGUCGGAGACUCGGCCGUGGUCACUUCGCACAACUCGCAGGUCAUCAACCCGGCCUAUGCUGCCUACACGGCUGCCGCUCCGUUUGCGUACGCUGCCAGCCCUGCCCUGGCUGGUGCUCCCCUUGCGUACACGGCCGCUUCCCCGUACGUUGCCCCUUAUGCCGCUCCGUACGCGGCCCCGCUGGCCGCGUACGCCUCCGCCCCGUACGUUGCUGCUGCUCCGUUGGCCUACUCGGCACCGUACGUGGCCGCCGCCCCGGUGCUGUACAAGUGAACGGGUCCAGGAGUGAUUGAGUAACAGAUUCCCAGCGCUAGUCGUGUUUCGUAUUUUUCUCGGAACAUUUGAAUAUUUAUGACAACUAUUGAAAAAAUACAAAGCAACGUUAUUUA